CAUCGUAACUCUUUUGUUAUACUGUGGCUCUUUGGCUGCUAAGCGCAGCCAUAUAUUCAUGAGCCAAACCCAAGACUUUCUUGGUUAACUACAACUAGGCAAAGGGGUAACGGUUAGCUAAGUCAUGAUUCACGAGCGACAAUGGCCCGGCUGAAGUAGGAUUUAGAAGACCAGCCAUUUAUCUUUUAUUGGUGUUUAAUAGGUGUAGUUAAUGUCUAGUGGCGGAGGAGCUGUCAACGUCAGCAGUAUUCAUAAAUGACUUAAGUCAACUAACGUUACAGCGCUUACGUUACUAUCAAGUCCAGGCUAGUCUACGCUAACCUCAGCUAGCAGUGGAGAGCACCUAAAUUAACUUAAUCUUAAAUGUAUGACAGACUGUGCUAAUUGAUGUCAGGAAAGUAAACAACGACGACUCUCUAGAUAUUUUGUGAUAUUUUAAAUAACGUUACACUGGUCGAUAAGUACUUUCGGGAAAUUCGACUAGCUAACGUUAAUAUGAAUCCAGUUUUCUAGUGUUGUAGGCUAUGAGUGUGGGUGAUGGGGGACAGCCAGUGUGGGGACUUGGACUACCUGGUCAAAGAUGAGGACACCCUCAUUGAAGGUGUCAGCAACCAAGUCUUAUUUGUUGUGGCCCUCAGUGUCACCUUCCUUGCAGGCCUCCUCACUUUGCUUUGCAGACAAGAGCAGCAGAACAUUCAUCCUGAGAAUCAGGAGCACGUCCGAGCAGUUCGUCAACAACUCCAGACGGAGCAGGAUGAAAAUACACAGGCGGAGGCCAGGCAACCGUAUUACACAGACAUGUCUUGUCCUGUGUGUUUACAACAGGCUGUUCUGCCUGUGGAAACUAAUUGUGGGCACCUUUUUUGUGGCUCCUGCAUUAUAGCCUACUGGAGGUAUGGCACCUGGCUGGGUGCUAUUAACUGCCCUAUCUGCAGGCAAAUGGUAACAUUGCUCUUCCCACUUUUUCAUGAACAUGCUACUCCUCAGAGGGUCCAGGAUGGUGAAGCAGAACCUCAGCUUAUAUUAAGGGACAUUAAUGAUUACAACCGCAGGUUCUCGGGCCAGCCAAGAUCUUAUAUGGACAGGCUGCGAGAUGUGCCAACUCUGCUUCGCCAUGCCUUUAGGGAGAUGUUUUCUGUGGGUGGCCUCUUCUGGAUGUUCAGGAUUCGAAUUCUUCUCUGCCUAAUUGGUGCAAUCACCUAUCUGGCCUCACCACUUGACAUCCUCCCUGAGGCACUUUUCGGUCUCCUGGGAUUCAUGGACGAUUUCUUUGUAAUCCUGCUUCUCUUUGUGUACAUUUCUAUCAUGUACAGAGAGGUGGUCACGCAGAGACUAAAUGGCUAGGUGAUCACCCAUAAAAGAGCCUUGGCUUGUGCAUACCAGGCUUGUUUUAUUACUAGAGAGGGUUUGGCUAAAGAUUGGUGUUGACUCUGUAUAUAGACUUCACCGUUAAUAGUUCAUAGGUGAAAUCAGAUCAAGGCCAGGAGCAACACAACAUAAGGGGGGCUGGUUAGGUGUUGGGGUGUGAUGUUGUAAUGAUGUGAAAAUCUGCUUUGAAUCAGACACUGCAGUAAGCUAGGGACACCUCUUUUUAAAUGACUAGCACUGCUGCUAGCCAAUUCGUCAACAGCAUUGCCAAAAGCAGUCAUUUGGGUAAUAUGCAUAUCAUCAUAUUGGAGACAGUAUUGUAUUAUAAUGUGAUGUUGAAUGUUCUGUUUCAGUUACAUGCAUAUAAGGUUGUCUGCUGCAUCCAGGUUGUCAUUGCCAGCUAUUAGACUGUUUGGUUGAUUACAUUGAUGUUGCACUUAAUUAAUUAACCGUUGACUAUGCAUGUUCAUAAUGACUUGAAAAAACACAGCAAUUCAUGCUUGUGUGAAAAAUCUCUGAAUCAUUUUAC